GCAGAUUAUGAAGCAGCAGUCUUCGUUUGAUGCUCUGAAGGUUUUACAUGUAUACAUGGCAGCACCGAUGUCUUUGGCUUUAUUUUCAGUUAUUUUCCUGCAGAUAUCUUCGUCUUAUGAACAAGUGCCUGCUUUUGCCGAGGGAAGUUCAGAUGAAGGAGCAUCACAAGACACCCAAUUCAGAGGAAAUGGAGUCGGUGGGGAGAGUCAGAGCGUCUCGUACGAUCACGGCUCGUUGUUCGCAGCAGAGGAGAUGAGACCGGCUCUGCAGCUACAUGACUGGAGGCCGCCAUCUAAGCCUAGCAGGAGAAAGUUGCUGCAGUACGGAGGAAUCAUGCCCUACUCUCCUCUGAAUGUGGUUUAUAAUGGUAAAACCUGCAUCUUGUUUCGAGCCAGGAAGCUGGCCAUCAGGUACAGAAAUCACACACUAGUGGAUCUCACACCGAGAGUGUUCGGCCCUGACGCAAUAGUGGACACCAGAGGCUCAUUCUGCAGCAAGGACAAGGCCACACUCAACAUACGAUUUGGAGACGUAGAGGAGCUCCGAGGACUUUCCAUCAGACUGCAGAUGUCCAACACGUUCUACGAAUCAGCAGGACAGAACUGGUUCACCCUGGACAGCGUCCAUAUCCACUACAACUGGACACACGAGGCCACGUUCAACGCUACGGACGUGUACGCUCCUUCCACCAACUCGUACCACUGCCAGUUUGUCAGCAGCCUGCAGAAAUACGACACGCUGUUGGUGCCGUGCUCCAACACGGACAACGCGGCAAACUGGCACAUCACCUUCACAGACUUCCAGAUUCAAGCCUUCAACGUCCACUCGAACAAGUUCUCCUCAGCCAGCGACUGCGCCACGUUCUUCACCCCGGCCAUCCUCAUGGGUCUCAUCACGUCACUGAUCCUGCUGCUUGUCCUCGCCUACGCCCUGCACAUGGUGGUCCACCUGAAGCACAUUGACCGCUACGAAGAGCACAAGACUACAGUCUACUUCCCCCGAAGCACAGAAGCUGAAAGCACUGACAAGAACAUCCAGUAGACCAGUAGGAUCCCCUGCCGACCUCCAAGCACAGAGACGGACAGUUCGGCGACUCUGAGCUCUCAAGCCCUUACGAGUGAAAGCGCAGGAGCAGGCUGGAAGUGUGACGUUAAGAGCGUUCUCGCUUCUGACUGUGCUACUACACUCGCAGGAUUGUGGUAGGACAGAAAGAGCGGAUUCCUGACGGAUUUUAAAAAUGGAGAUACCCAGAUUUGUAUCUACCACUAGAUCUCAGAUCUUGUUUUUUUUUUUGUUUGGUUGGUUUUUUUUUCCCAAGAUGUGUUGCAAAUGAUCAGGAUCUGAAGGAAAACCUGAAUCAGUUCAAAUUAGCACAGCGUACUUUGAAUUUAUAUCGUCUGUCUCAUAUAAGCAUAUAACCUCCUGGUGAGAAAUAUUAUAUGGACGCUUUAUUACACUUCACUUACAAACUGUGUAUAAACCAUUAUAGUUUAUAGUUAAGUGUAUUAGACAUUAAAAAUAUGGAAAUACUAUAGUCAAAAAACCUUCUGAUCCUCUUUACACAAAAUUUAAAACGAAUAAAAUAUGAAGAUAAUCUUCUGAACAGAACCAGUCAAAAGUUGGGACACAGCUGUCUGCUUUCUGAAGGAUUAAGCUUGGGUUUUUGAUGCGUUAUUUUAUAUCUAAAAUAAAAAGCAGCCAUUAGGUGGUUUCUGGUGAAGCUACUAGUAUGACUAGUAGAUACUAGUAUUAUCAGGGCUACACUGAGUUAUCUGAUACAGUACUGGGCAAAAGUUUCAGGCAGGUGUGAAAAAAGGCUGUAAACAAAGAAUGCUUUUAAUAAUGGAAGUGUUAAACAUUUAUUUUCAGAAAUGAACAAAAUGCAGUGAAUGAAAAAAAGAGAAAUCUAAAUCAGAUCAAUAUUUGCUGUGACCGCCCUUUGCCUUCAAAACAGCAGCAGUUCUUCUAGGUACACUUGCACACAGUUUUUGAAGGAACUCGGCCGGUGGGUCGUUCCAAACAUCUUGGAGAACUGACCACAGAUCUUCUGUGGAUGUCGGCUUUCUCACAUCCUUCUGUCUCUUCAUGUAAUCCCAGACACACUGGAUGAUGUUGAGAUCAGGGCUCUGUGGGGGUCGUGCCAUCGCUUCAUGCUGGUUUAAAGGCAAAAACUAGUAACACCAAAUAUUGAUCUGAUUUAGAUUUUUCUUUUGUUUGCUCACUUUGCAUUUUGUAAAUUGACAGAAAUAAACACUCACUAUUUAUAUUUCGGAAAGCAUUCUUUGUUUCCAGCAUUUUUUCACACCUGCCUAAAACUCUUGCACAGUACUAUAUAUAAAAAAAAACCUAAAAUGUAAUUGCUUCUUUUUAGUUCUUGCAUUUUUUUUUUAUAUAUGGUUGAUGAUAAUCUUUUUUCAUAUACGAAAGAUGAAUUGACUGGUUUCUAAAAUGUGAAAUACAUUGUUAAAAAAAUACCUUCUACACAUAAGUGUGUCCAAACUUCUUCACUGGUUCUGUAUACGACUGACUUAUAUAAAGUAAUGGUUUCUAUGCAGUAUGUAACAAACCCAAGUGUCAUGAAAUCCCUCAAAAAUUUAGAGAAUGACGUAAGAUAUUUGAUUGUUUACCGGCACUGUUUCUGGACGAUGUUUUUUGAGAUACUUGUGUUCUUGCUUUUUUUUGUGCAACUUGUAUGUUUUGUAAUUUCUUUUUUGUAUUAUUUUAAAGUGAAUGCCUACAAGCUGAGCCUUUGACAAUGAGAUGAAUCUAAACUAAUAAGCUACUCGGAUUUCAUUUACAACCAUUGAAGCACAAUGGAAGCAACGUUAAGUUGUAACAUACAGCAUGUUGCAAGAAAAAUUUCAGUAUCAUGAUCAUAUAAAUGUGUACAAUAACUGAUGUUAGUCAUUAUAUACUAAAUGAGGGAAUAAGCCUGUCCUUUAUCCAUUUA